AUGGAUUCAAAAGGAAGGGGAACGCAAGUGGAUACUGGGAAAAUUCCCCAAGUGGUCGUCGUUUGGCCCGCUAGACUGAACAUUCCCCGGUUUGAAUGGUUAUUCCAAGGGAGCAGACCUAUCACAAAGCUUGAGUAUUUCCUCUUGGACUACUACGUAAAGUCUGUUAUUCCAGAAUCUCGGGAUUGGUGUGACCAUGGCGAGGGAGAGCUUCCAUUUUUCGAAACCGCAAGCCAGCAUUGGCUCCCCUUUAUCGUCUCGGACGACGGCAUGCUAGCCGGGGUCUUUCUGUCCGCAUGUCGUAAUCUCGUACUACAUGAGCGGCAAGGACCAGUUGACUGUGAUUACGCACAGGUGGCAACCAUGUACAAGGUGGAGUGUAUCAGAUCUAUUAACGCGGACAUUGCUGCAGAACGAUGCUCUAUUAGUAGUGCGUCAAUUGCAAAGGCACUGAUGUUGUGCAGCGAUGAGGAUGAUGUUUCUGUCAUCAGGAAAUGUCAAGUGCGAGCUAUAGAGACUUCUUCGCCGUCGAUUCUUGGGAAGAGCGAUCUCCAGAAGUUGCGAAGGGCGGCGUGGGGGUUCGAGGAUGACGAUCGUGAGGAACCGUUUGCAGACUCUCAAAAUGUACCGGAAUCGUGGAAGAGGAGGCAAAACACGGCCCGAGGGCUUCGUUCCACCACCUCCACCACCUUCACCAUCAUCACCACCUCCGCCAUCAUCACCACCUCCGCCAUCACCGCCAUCGUCGCCAUCGUCGCCAUCGUCACCAUCGUCGCCAUCAUCACCACCAACAACACCAACACAGCCCCCAUCGUUAACGCCGUCACGAUCGCCGUCACGAUCGCCGUCACCACUGCUAUCGCCAUGGUUGCGGGAACCACUGGAACAAGAGUCACCAGAAUUGCCACUGCCCCCAUUCUGGCGUCCCCUUCCUCCUCGGCCACCAAUUUCUACAGAAUUUCUCACGCCUCGCCCAGUUCGUUCCUCGAGACAUGCUUUUUCUCAUCUAACUGA